AACGCCACCAGCUUCACAUGCAGCGCAUCUGCGACUUCCUAGUCCGACUGAGCACCGGACGCACCUGUAACUUGUCAACUUCAUCAAGAGUCAUACAAGACAACCCGGGCUCCCAUCUCUUGUCUUGAAUUUACACCAGACAACUACCACCGCCGUAGAACCAAACCACAGCCGAUCGCAUUCCACGACCACACUCACGACCACACUCGCGAUGAGCAGACUUCCCCCCGGCGGUGGCCUUCCCGGUGCCCCUUCAGAGAAGGACCCGCGCUAUGCAUAUGGGAGGUCGCCUCAACCACCACAGCCCCGCCCCAUGCGAGACCCAUACGCCCAGGGCGGCGACCCUCGUCCCAUGUCCAACAGACCUGCCCCGCCCGCCGCCAACCAAUACUCAAACGCCCAGAGGAACAGGCUUGCCCUGACCGUCGACGACCAGAAGGGAAUCGAGGCCAAGUACCUCGAGGGCUACCACAGGACCAACGUCGCUGCUGUCAACGGCCAGGACUGGGGUCUAGCCAGCGAGCGCGACACAACCUUCAUCAAGAUCAACAACCGCGGUCGCGAAUAUGUCAUCACAGUCAGGCCCUUCCCGAUGGUGCCACCCGGCUGCAUCUGGUUCGGCGAACCGCACCGCAUGACCCUGGGCGUUGCCCUCAACGACAAGGUCGACGCCGAGUCCUUCAACCCCAUCGAGCUGGGCCAGAAGGGCUACCUGGGCUCUGUCGAUGUUUCCGUCACCUUUGCUUCGGUCAGGAGCAUGCCCAACACCCCAUACAGGCACCAGGACCUCCAGACCCUGUUCAUCAACAAGUUCAGGGGCCAGAUCCUCGCCCCGGGCCAGCAGCUGAUCCUCCGUAUCGACAACGAACAGAUCCCCGUGCGGUGUAUUGUCAAGGGCGUCACCCUGGUCGAUGAGGCAAACACAUCCUCCAAGGCAGGCCAGGCGAAUGCUCUCUUGGACCCCACCGAUGAGAACCCCCUCGCCAGAGGUAUCCUGGGUGACCACACCCAGGUCUUUUUGCAGAAGGGGACACCCCCCACAGAGAAGAUGAUCCCCAUCAACAUCACCGGUGCGCCUAGACGUGGUGGGAACGCCGUCGUGCGACCAGACUUCAACUUCUCUUCCUUGGGCAUUGGAGGUCUCGACGAUGAGUUCACCACGGUUUUCCGCAGAGCUUUCGCCUCCCGGAUUUUCCCACCGUCUGUCAUCGACCAGCUCGGCCUCUUGCACGUCAAGGGAAUCCUGCUCUACGGGCCCCCUGGAACCGGAAAGACAUUGAUUGCGCGUCAGAUUGGAAAGAUGCUCCAGGCCAAGGAGCCCAAGGUCAUCAACGGCCCUGAGGUCCUGAACAAGUUUGUUGGUCAGUCCGAGGAGAACAUCCGGAAGCUGUUCGCAGAUGCCGAGAAGGAGUACAAGGAGAAGGGGGACGACAGCGAGCUACACGUCAUCAUCUUCGACGAGCUGGAUGCCGUCUGCAAGCAGCGAGGCUCGGGCGCUGGCGGUGGCACGGGCGUCGGCGACAGCGUGGUGAACCAGCUGCUCAGUAAGCUGGACGGUGUAGACCAGUUGAACAACAUUCUCCUCAUCGGAAUGACAAACAGGAAGGACAUGAUCGAUGACGCGCUCCUGCGGCCCGGUCGUCUCGAGGUUCAGGUCGAGAUCAGCCUUCCCGACGAGAAGGGUCGGCAACAGAUUCUUGCGAUCCACACCAAGAAGAUGAAGGACAACGGCAGGCUCGCAGAGGACGUGGACCUGGCAGAGCUCGCAGGUUUGACCAAGAACUUCUCCGGUGCCGAGAUCAACGGUCUCUGCAAGAGCGCAGCAUCUUUCGCCUUCCAGAGGCACACCAAGGCAGGCACCAUGGCCGGCAUCUCAAGCGAUGCGGCAGAACUCGUCAUCACCCGGGCGGACUUCAUGGGCGCGCUCUCCGAAGUCACGCCGGCGUUUGGUGUGUCCGAGGAUGAGCUCACCAGGGCCAUCAUCUACGGCAUCAUACCAUUCUCGAGGAACAUCGACAGGAUCAUCCAGUCCUGCAUGAUCUACAUCGACGGCCUCCGGAGCGAGACGACCAGGUCGCCCAACGUCUCGCUGCUCUUCCACGGCCCAAGCGGGAGCGGAAAGACCUCGCUUGCCGCGCACAUCGCGCAGAUGUCCGAGUUCCCCUUCGUCAAGGUCAUCUCCCCCGAGCUGCUGGUUAGCUACCGCAGCGAGAACGCCAAGAGCGAUCAGAUCCACAAGUACUUCACAGAUGCGUUCAAGUCGCCCUUGAGCAUCUUGAUCGUGGACGACAUCGAAGGUCUUAUUGAGUGGAACCCCGUCGGCCCGCGCAUGUCGAACCUGGUGCUUCAAACCCUGAGGGCACUCCUCCGAACAGUUCCUCCUAAGAACCACCGCCUCCUCGUCAUGGGCACGACGUCGCGGCGCAGCGUGCUGCAGCAGCUCGACUUCACGGACACGGUCUUUGACAAGGAGAUCGCCGUGCCGAGCCUGGGCGGGCUCAACGAGCUCGAGAGGGUGCUGCGCGAGCAGGAGACCUUCCGGGACGGGUCCUCGAUGGUCGAGGCCAUGAACCUGGUCGCCGAGGCCACGCAGGGGUCCAACCAGGUCGGCGUGGGCAUCAAGAACAUCCUCAAGGUCGCCGAGAGCGCCAAGGCGCUCGACGAGGACAGCAAGGCCCAGUGGUUUGCCGAGGAGAUGCAGGUGCUCAUGUCGAGGGGGUUCUGAGGCGGGUGUGGGGUUUGCAGUCGGGGUUUGGGAUGACCGGCCCUGAGACGGCUAUGAGACGGCUGGGUUAGAUGGUUAGAGCGGUAUGGUCUCGUCCCUUGCGUAUAAAGCUAUAUACAACAAGAGGGUUCUGUUUGAAGAGACUUAUUGCACAAGAUGCUUUUCUAUAGUAGUUAGAGUCUUCUAAAUCAUCUAUUCUAUCUUCUGUCCUAGA